CAGGUCCUUCGCACCGCACCCGUCCCCUCCUUCAGCACUUUCACACCCAGUACUACCCUCGCUCGCCGACCGUCGAGCGACCGCCCCUGGUGCACCGCAACACCUCGUACUCGAAACGCACCGCGUCCUUUGACAGUCCACGUGAAGUGCCUCUCCCGUACAUGCCCUCGGAGAUACACGACGUCUCCCACUCACCGUCCUCGUCCUGCAUCCUCACCCACGACGGCGCCGAGGACGCCUCGUCUCCCACCAAGGGCGCCCCGUCCGAAAUCACGAGCAGCCCCCCGAGUCCCUCCGCGUCCAUCGUCAUCGAGCAACAGCGUUCGCAAUCCCAGUCGCCCUCAGAGGACUCUAUGGACACGUCCGACGACAUGCCGUCCCCGCCCGUGCCUGCGAGGAUUGAGAGCAGAGCACCGGAAAGGCAUCAGCACCAUCAGUAUCGCAGGUCUAUGGCAAGCCCCGUGCAGCUAUACGGCCGCCCGUUGUCCGCCUCAGAUACGCCCUCCCCGACACAGAUAUACUCCCCGAGACCAGUGAGAGCGGCCCCACCUCCGGAUCCGAAUACCCGCGGCUCGACACAGAGCUUGCCACUGCCUAUGAACACGCCGUAUCACACCCUGCCAUCGAUCCAGGGCUCGUCAACCGGCACAGCACUUGAGGGCGAACAAGCGUCAAAACCGCCGUCGACAUCGUCUAUCUCGCCACGCACGUAUCCUCAGGCGAGCACGUCGCGCCGGCCAGCGUAUAUGGUCCAGGAAGUCGUUCCGCGCGCAGAUCCGCCAGACUGGCUCCGGGAAUAUUCCGAGUCGCGACGCAAUCUGUCCCCAUCCUCGGUCGACGGCAGGGCGAUUCUCCAGCCUCAGCCCCCGACUGUGCUCACGCCCCCGCCUCCACUCCAGGGCGGUGCGCCACACGAGUCCUUCCUGAGCCAUGCCCCGCCGCCGCAGGACAGCUACAUCGCCGUCGAGACGGGACCGACCGACUACCACCUGCUCGUGCGCCUACCUGGAUACGUCCGCGACUCGAUGUGCGUACUUUGUUUUACAUAAUUUGCGUGAUUAGCGUAACUUAGCAUU